AUGGAGUCUAUACCGUUAAUACCAAGAUCUGAUAUAAAACCGAAUUGUGAUGUUUUACCAUUAAUAAGAGAAUUAUUUCAAGGUGAAUUGGAAAAUACACUAAGUCAUAGCGCGACAAAGAAAAAAUCACAAAAUUUAUUGAAAAAAUUAAAACACGAAAAAAAUCUUCAUGAAAAAUGUAAACCGUGUAAAAAUAAAGAACCUCCACCUCAUUAUUUGUCAUCUAUAAAAAAAAAUAAUUUAUUUAGUUUUUCUGAAAAAAUUAUCGACGCUUACACCGAACACGAAAAUGAAUUGGAAGACAUUGAAAAUGCCGAGAAAAAUAUAUUACAAAUCAAUUGUCAAUAUCUCAAACGAAAAGCUAAAUUAUUAGAAUGUAAAGAAUAUAAAGAUUUGUAUAUAUUGAAAAGGCAACCGCAAUUUAAAGCGUUGGAUGUGACAUACGUGAAAAAAUUUAAACUCCUACAAGGGGAAGCUGGUUUGCCAUUAAGAUAUUUGGCACAUACAGAUUUUCGCGUGAAAAAUUUUAAAAAUUGGAGAAAAAGAUUAGAAAGUUUUAGUCAAGAUAGUUUAUUAAAUAAUUUUAUAAAAAGAGUACCGAAUCAAUUACCCGCAUUAGAACCGGAAAAAUGUUUACCUAAAAAUUUUAAUAAAAAACCAUUUAAACAAAGAAAACCGAGGCCGAAGAAAACAAUACAAGAAAUCGAAGACAUGAAUAUAUUUAUAGCCGAGCCGAAAAUUGUUUUUUUCACAAAUUACGUUCCCGGAGAAAUAUAUUGUACAGAAGUUGAAGUGAAAAAUAUUUAUCAAAAAGGAUUGAAAUUUCAAUUGAAACCCAUGAAUUUGAACGGACCGUUUAAAGUUCGUUUUAAAAGUCAAUUGAAUGUUUCAAAACUAUCACCCGGAUUAAGUUUUAAAUUGGAAGUUGAAUUUUAUCCGCAAUCGUUAGAAAUCGUGGCCGAUGAUAUAUCGAUUGCCAUUGAAAAUGGUAAAAAUCUAUUGAUACCGUUAAUGGCUUAUUUGGAACCGCCCGUAUUGAAAACACACGGAGACAUAAAUGAAUAUACUAAAAGCGUAACUGAAAAAAUAGCAAGCAGUUUUAUCGAAUGCGGUGCGUGUUUCACUGGUGACACGAAAGUAAUUAAAAUUAAAUUUCAAUGUUAUCAUGGUUUCGGUGAAUUUUUCAUCAUGAGCUCGGAAAAUUGGAAUAGAAAUAACGUUAACAGCAUGACGACGGAAAAUCUUUUAGAAAUUCCACCGUUUCGAGUUUAUCCGGCAUAUUUUAAACUUAAAAAAAACGAAGUUAUUGAAUUAUUAAUAGAAUUUUCACCCAAAACUUCUGGAACGCACGUUGAAAAUAUUAUGAUUGCAUGUGAUAAUGGAGAAGUUAGAUCUUUGGAUCUUUUGGGUGAUGCCAUGGGAUGGCAUAGUUAUUUUUUUACAUUUCAGGACGACAUUUUAAAAGAGCUACCGAUGGACUGCGAUGAUGAUAUUAAAGUGAAAUAUUUACUGGAUUUUAAUGAUACAAGUCCGUUUGGAAAAUUACAAAAAUCUUUUCAUAUAUUAAAUAAUAGCAAUAUGUGUUUCGAAUUCCAAUGGAAGAUAAGAGAAGCAAAUAUUCUCAACGGUCAUGAUAAAUAUUUAAAAUUGAUUAAGGAUCAAAUUAAAAUCGAACCGGAAAAUGGUACGAUUGAAUCUCAUUCUAUAAAAGAAUUUAACGUAACCGUGACAUUUGACAAUGCUGAAAUCGGAGCCUACAGGAUGGUACUUAGUUUGUACGUCCUUAAUUUACCUUAUCAGUGCAUAGAAGAAGAUGAUACAAUAAUACAACCUACGGGAUUGGUACGAAAUUUAUAUUCACAAAGUCUUUACGGUGAAGAAGAAUUUACAAAUUCGUCUCCAGAAUUGCUGUCGUUGCAAGGAACUUACGAAAGUUUACAGGAGAGCAUAAAAUCAUAUGUUGAAUGUCAAAAUAAAAAUCAAGUAUUAUCGAAAACUGAUUUUUGUAAAACUACUUGCCUACCAAAUCCUGGAUUGUGUGCGAAACCAUUAAAAAAAUCAAAAACUUUUUUUAACAUAGGAGAAAGUAUCGAUGAAGAAAGUUUAAAUUGUUUUUGUCGUGGUAAACCAAUAACCGAACCCGAAUCAAAUUCAGAAUCUUGCUUGUCGACGAGAAACGAAAGAUUAGGCGAAUUAAUUAUACCGAAAAAUGAUGUCGCCUGGGAUUUCGUGGACAUAUUAGUGGACGAAAUUGAAAUAUGGGCAGAAGUAACUCCAAUAAGAGUAUUGAUAAUGCCAUGCGUUUUAGAAUUUUCAAUUAGCCCCGAAACACCGGUAACGUGUAAAUGGGAAAAUUCUUCUGACACGACAGAUGUAAUGAAUAGCGAAUCGAAAUUCAAAAAACUAAGUAGCGAAUUUAUAACAAACGAAUCAACCAACGGUAAUUUUCAAGAUAAUAACGACGAAUGUAGUCAUUCGAAUAUCGAUGAGAAUGAAGCAGGCGAGGGAAUUUUUGAAAUAUUAAAACCGUCGGAAUCGUUUAUCGUACCCGAAUUAUCGGAAUUCGUAACGAAAAUCGGCGUCAGGGGAAUAAAACCGGGAAAAUUUAAAGAAAAUUUACGAUUAGAAAUAAAUAACGGAAUUUUUCAUUUGAAUUUAACCGUACAGGGAACCGUAACGACAAAAUAUUUAAAAGCUACACCAAACAUAUUAAAUUAUAAAGUAAUCAAAUCGGGAACGUUAUCGAAAAAAAAUUACACGAUACAAAAUAAUUAUUUUGAUAAAUUAUGGUUGAAAACUUACCAAUACGAUUUCGAUUUCGAUACGGAUAAUUUUAAAGAAGUUGAACAAAUAAAAGGAAAAAACGUGUCGAAAGAAAACGUACCGAGCGAAUAUGUUUUCAUAUUGGGAAACGUUAAACUUCCUCUAUUGACACUUUCGACUCCGAGAUUUCGAAAUGCAAUUCUCGCUCCUUCCGGUACGAUGUACGUCGGUCACAUAGGUAUUAUCAGUCAUUGCUACGUACCUUGUUUUUUUUGUCGAAGUUCAGAACCUCUUAUUCUUGCCGUUGUUGGAAUAACGGAAAAAUUAAACGUGACAUUUGAAAUAGUAGAUUUUCCCGACGAUUCUCCAUCAUCCAUUGUUAACACGAAUGAUAAAAUUCCAAUACCUUUCUUGUAUAAAACUAUAACGAGAGUCCGUUGGCCCGUUAAAAAUUAUGAUCCAAAUUUGAAAAAAAGAUAUAUUUUUCAAGAAGAUGUUCUCACGUUUAAAUGUCAUUGCUACGAAGUUGAAAAAGAAGCACAAAGAGCUUUCGAUUCCAAACAAGAAGAAGGAAUCGUUAGGGAGUCGUCAGAAAAACAAAAAAAAAUUGAUGAAAUCAACGUUGAAAAUUUGAAAAAUUCACCGACCAAUAGCAAUAAUAAUAAUAAUAAUAAUAAUAAUAAUAAUGAAUAUUGCGGACUCGAUGAAAAAAAAGAAGAGAAAUUAUUGGUCGGAGAAGAAAAUUUUUAUAAUGAAAAAAAAUCCGAUUUAAAUUCUUUACAAAAAUAUCCAUCGCAAAAAUCUUCCAUUGAAAAUUUAAAUCUUUUCAAAGCGGAAAUUAAUUUUUCAAACGUCGAAUACGGUACCAGUGCAAAAAGACAAUUUGUCAUUAGAAACGAAACACCGGUACCGACGACGUUUUCAAUUCAAGUUAAAAAUUUCGGUUGUCGCGAAGAAAAUAUUGGAAAAUUUGAAAAUAAAAUAAUAAAAAUCCGUAACGCCAUUUUUAAUUAUUCCAAAGAAAAUGAAAAAAGAAAAGAACCAGUUCUUAUAACUGUUGAACCGGAAAUGGGUGAAUUAUCGGGACACGAAGCCGUUUGUAUCGAUGUUGUGGCAACAGGAAUCACCUGGGGAAAAUACACAGAUUGCAUAACUUGUCAAAUAAAAGGACUUCCGGUUUUUUUUUUAAAAGUCACACUUCAAAUCGUUGGCCUUCCAUUUUAUUUACCUUUUUUUUCUAAUUACAAAACUGAAAAACCAACACUCAGAUUCGAACCCACCACCAACAUAUUCGAACCUUUAUCAAAAGAUCUUCGAGUUGUUAAUCGAUGUACGAUACCCAUAACGAUAUCAUGGAUAAUCGUAUUCACACAAUCCUCUGAUAAAGAAGAAGAAACGGAUGAUAAUUUAAAUUUAUACACAGAUUCAAAUUUAGAUUCCAAUCAUUCUGAAGAAAGUAACAAAUCCGUUAAAGUUUAUUUGCCAAAAAAUGCAUCCGGAAAUGGUCCGACGUUUUUUAACAUACCGGAAACGAAGGAGUUUACCGCGAGUCACAAAACGGAAACGAUGGAAUCAUUUGCAAAAAGAGAAUCAUAUUCUGGUAAAAUCGAAUGUACGGAAUCAUUUAACGUUGGUAAAAAUCGACUCGAAAGUUUGAUAUCAUCAUCAUCGAGUGGUGAAGAAACAACAAAAUCAGAUCAAGGACAAAGAAUCGUUUUCCGAAUCGAUUUACAUAAUUUUCAAGUUACACCGAAAGAAAUAUCAAUCGAACCGUUUGACGAAAAAACAAUAACGGUAACCUUUGAUCCGAGAUUAUAUAAAUCGAAUAAUUCAAAACAAGAAUUCGGAGCCAUUUUAAAAUGUUACAUUAAAUUAAAUCCUUCGGAUGAAAAUUCAAAUGGAUUUUAUCACAGGCCCUGCGGAAUGGAUUAUUUAAUUAACGUAUUAGAUUUUCACGCAAUCGUUGAAAAUCCUCUCGUUUCUUUUAACAUAUUAAAAGGAGAUUUGAAAUUUUUCAUGGAUUUAGAAUGUUUGGUCACGUAUAAAUCCGUCGUUUACGCAUACGAAAAAUUAAAUAAAACGAGAAGAGAUGAUUUGGCCAAAACAACAGCAUUCGAAGAUGCAACUAAAAAAGUCAUGUCGAAAAGUGAGAAAACAAUGGAAGGACAAGAAGUUAAAAAAAUUAGACAGUCGGAUCGCGAACCCUGGAAUAAAUAUUUUAAAAACGAUUUACCCAAUUUCCCAACGAAAAAAACGAGAAAAUUCAUUUUGGAACCGAGAGAUAGUUACAGGAUAAAUCUUCAUAGAAUGUCAUCGAAAUCCGACAACAGCGUUUGUCACAAUGAUUAUUAUUAUUAUGAAAACGAGGGAGAAUAUGUCGAUGUUUCCAUACCGGAAGAAACACAAAUUAAAUCCAAAUCAUUCAAUCAUUUAAACAUAAUAGAAGAAAAAAUUAAUUUCGUACAAACGGGAUUUCUCACCCAAACGAUAACGGCAGAACUUCAUUUGUCGUUUCCUGCUCUUAAGUUAUCACCUAAAAAUUUAGAUUUUGGAAAUGUUUACAUCGGAGAAACUAAAAUAAAACAUUGUUCGUUGAUUAACAUAACAGGUACGCCGACCCAUUACAAAAUGAAAUCAAAAUGCAACGUAAACGAAUUUAUUGCAAAUCCUUUGACGGGUUUCCUUCCGUCAACGAACCAUAAUUCAGACAUUGGCAAAACAUUGACCAUCCAAUUCAAACCUUCUCAACCUGGAUAUUUUACUCAAACAUAUCAAAUUUAUUGUAAUUCCGCCAUGGAAUUCGAUUGUUACGAACUACCCGUAUCCGGUUUGGGUACUUGGAAUGAAAAAUAUAAAAGCAUUAACAAAAUGGAUAACGCCGUCAAACUCGAUGAAGUUUUCUUAACCGAUUAA